UUUUCGUACGUAUAGUGGAGACGGAUUAUUGGGGCCGUUUGCUUUUAACUUUUUGUGUAGUCAAAAUCUUUAUACCAAACAACUUUGGUCACUGUCAAGUAGUGGCCUAUUUAUGUGCUUAUUUGGCUCUCUUUGCCAUUUGGGUUUCCCGUUUUGCGCUUCAAAACUCCAAUUCGGAUGUGUGUUUUGGCGCUCACAGCCUUCUCUUCAGUUUCUUAGCGGGAUUUUGCACCAGUAUACUCUUCCAGGCCCUAUUUUUUGCAGUUUAUGGGCAUCAUGACUGCAUCUACUCGGCUCAUUCCUAGAGAAUCAUCCAAUUUUGAUGAGGUUUCUAUGCAUCAGAGCUUGCUCUUCUCGGACAGUCUUCAGGAUUUGAAGAAUUUGAGAACACAAUUAUACUCAGCCGCGGAGUAUUUUGAACUGUCUUACACAAAUGAUGACCAAAAACAGAUAGUGGUGGAGACGUUGAAAGAUUAUGCUAUUAAAGCACUUGUAAAUACAGUAGAUCAUUUAGGUUCCGUGAGUUAUAAGGUUAACGAUAUCCUGGACGAGAAGGUCGAUGAAGUUUCUGGAACAGAACUUCGGGUAUCUUGCAUUGAACAGAGGCUAAGAACUUGCCAAGAAUACAUUGAUCAUGAGGGCCUCAUCCAGCAGUCGUCGGUCAUAAACACUCCAAAGUACCACAAGCGGUACAUCUUACCAGUUGGGGAGACUAUCCGUGGUGCCAACCGCAAUAAAUCGAAAUACCAAGGAUGCAGCCUCGAUGAUGAAGAUGACUGGCAUCAGUUUAGGAAUGCUGUUCGAGCUACAAUUAGAGAAACCCCACCAACUACUACUACUACAGCCAGUAAAGGGCGCUCUCCAUCUCCUUCUCCACAAACUUCCCAGAAACCUGGAGUUUUUUCUUUUACUUCUACAAUGCCUAAAAAAGAAUUAGACAAGAGAUCAGUUUCGCCUCACCGGUUUCCACUUUUACGUUCUGGAUCACUCUCAAGUAGACCGGUGACACCAAGCUCUCGGUCAACUACCCCAAACUCGAGCAGGCCGACGACUCCAAAUCCAUCAAACACACGAAGAAGGUACCCUUCGGAGCCUCGGAAAUCAGCUUCAAUGCGAUUACAUGCUGAUAGGGAAAAUGGCAGAGAGGUUGAGCAGUACCCCAGCAAAAGUAAGCGUCUACUCAAGGCCUUGCUUAGCCGACGUAAGUCGAAGAAAGAUGACAUGCUAUACACUUACUUGGAUGAAUACUGAGAAAAUAGACAGUGGUGAAAGGAAAGGAAAUGAAGCCACAGGAGGAGGGAAAAAUGACUGCAUAAUUUUGCUCUCAGCUUUCCCCUUCUAUACGUAUCUUGUACUAUUUCUUUUGAGAGUGAUAGCGUGAUAUGAAAUGUUUGUUCUUUUCUUUAGAUUUGGUAUCAUCUUGUACCAUUUCACAUUUAUCGCGAGUAAUGUGCUUUUUAUAUAGUUGGUACUAAGUAUGCAGUGAAUCUGUCUGUAAUUUGCUUCAUCUAUAAUAGAGAAAUGGGCAGUUUGCAGUGUCCACUCAUCUUUGGAUUCCUUACCCGAGAUGGAAACCUAACUCUCUUGGAAAGUCUUUGUUCGAUGUAACAUUUCGAUGUAAAUAAGUCAAUAACAAAUUUCAGUCACAAUAAAGUCACCAUCUAGGAUAGUUGACUUAAU